UUUUUUUACGCAGUUCACGUUCGUCAGCCCCAGUUUGAGUUCUGGUUUUGUUGUUGUGACAGUGCACAGUCUGCUUCAACGUCAUUCAGUCGUGUCGUCACACGCCUCGAAAUUUUUCUCACCGAAAAGAGCAAUAUUUCCAUUUUUUACUAUUUCAUUCCGCUCGUUGAAUUUCCAACUUGUGGAGAGCAGAGAGAGGAAAUCCAUAUUUUCAGCAACGAAAAGCGUCAAAAGUCGUCGAUUGGAACACACGUAGUACAUAACAGCCUGAGGCCAAGGACCUGCGCGUUAGUACCCAAACUCGCCUUCCUUUGUUGUUGUUUUGUUGUUGCUGGGUCGCUGGGGUGUCAGCUGUUUUUUCGCCCAAGAGUUGUUUCCUUUCUUUGCCUUGCACAUUUUAGCUGCCACAAAAGUGAUGAGCAAAAUGACGCAUACCUCCUUCAAAGAACGCAGGAAUUACGGUCAACGAGUCAAGGAUGCGGACAUGGUGAGAGAGCUUCACCCAAACAAGAUUCCCAUUAUUAUCGAACGUUUCGCUGGGGAGAAGAAUCUACCUCUCCUGGACAAGACUAAAUUUCUUGUCCCCGAUCAUGUGACUGUUGCCGAGCUCAUCAAAAUAUUGAGACGCCGUAUGCAACUGAACCCCAAUCAGGCCUUCUUCCUGCUGGUCAACCAACGCAGCAUGGCCAGCAUCUCCAUGACUAUGGGUGAACUCUUCCAAAGGGAACAGGAUGAAGAUGGUUUCCUCUACAUGGUCUACGCUUCUCAAGAAUCCUUCGGCAACUAAGCUGAUGGCUAACCAACCAAUAUGGCUUCCCCCCACCUCCCGUCUGAUCAUGAUUUCAACACAAAGAAAAAAAAUAUGUGUACAUAUAAAGUUAGUUCCAAUUUGAAGCAACAAUUUGUGACAGAUAUCCUUUCAGCUUUGAAAGAGAUGCUACAAUAGCGAGACACAGUGUCUUAGAUUCACUUUUCUCUAAAUUUUUCUUUUUUGUGGACAACAGCAGCAGUGGCUUGUCUGGAAAAAAAAACAAUGUUGGGUUACAUUUCUCUUUCGGAACGAUUGACAUUUUGUUUUCCUUAUCGUUUUAAUAUCAUUAUUAUGUUUCGGUUUUCUGUUUUCGUCUUGUCGGAUCAGUGUUCAAUCUUGCAAACCGUACUUAUGUAAUAAUCACACAGAAUUUUGUUUUCUCAUUGUUCCGAGACACAAAGGAAAAAAAAAUGAUAAAUGUACAAAAAAAUGAUUCAUUUUUUGAGAUGAAGAGUGUGUCUGUAUACCCGCGAUUCGAAUUCUGUUAACGUACUUGUGUAAAUCGUUUGAAUAAACGUAUUCAAACCACGGA